AACUUACACAUGUUGAUGCAGAUAAUUUUAAAGUGCAAAGAAGCCUGCAAGACAGUAAAAAUCAGAACAGAGACACAGAAGAAAGGAGGCAAGAUGUGAUAUCUGAAACGGUGAUAAGGUUUAAGAAGACAGAACGUGAAAGCAAAGAUGAUAAUGUAAGUGCACAGGAGGACAGAGAGGAAGAUGAUGAAGAUGCACAGGAAGACAGAGAGAAAGAUGAUGGAAGUGAACAGGAAGACAGAGAGGUACAUGAUGAAGAUGCACAGGAAGACAGAGAGGAAGAUGAUGAAGAUGCACAGGAAGACAGAGAGGAAGAUGAUGGAAGUGAACAGGAAGACAGAGAGGAAGAUGAUGAAGAUGCACAGGAAGACAGAGAGGAAGAUGAUGUAAGUGAACAGGAAGACAGAGAGGAAGAUGAUGAAGAUGCACAGGAAGACAGAGAGGAAGAUGAUGGAAGUGAACAGGAAGACAGAGAGGAAGAUGAUGAAGAUGCACAGGAAGACAGAGAGGAAGAUGAUGGAAGUGAACAGGAAGACAGAGAGAAAGAUGAUGAAGAUGCACAGGAAGACAGAGAGGAAGAUGAUGAAGAUGCACAGGAAGACAGAGAGGAAGAUGAUGAAGAAGCACAGGAAGACAGAGAGGAAGAUGAUGGAAGUGAACAGGAAGACAGAGAGGAAGAUGAUGGAAAUGAAUAGGAGGACAGAGAGGAAGAUGAUGAAGAUGCACAGGAAGACAGAGAGGAAGAUGAUGAAGAUGCACAGGAAGACAGAGAGGAAGAUGAUGAAGAUGCACAGGAAGACAGAGAGGAAGAUGAUGGAAGUGAACAGGAAGACAGAGAGGAAGAUGAUGGAAAUGAACAGGAGGACAGAGAGGAAGAUGGUGGAAGAAAACAACAAAGAGUCUGUGAAAUAAAAAGCCAAGAUCGAGAUGAGUUUCUUAAGAAACAGCUAGAUGAUGAUCUUGUAUACCCUGGUGCUCCUCUCACGAAGGGACAGAGUCUGCUUUUACUCAUGUCAUAUGUACUGAGGCACAAUUUGACAGGUGUAGCACUUCAGGAUCUUCUUACAUUGUUUAAUGCACAUUUCCCUGGCUUGGUGCCAGCAACCACAUACCUUUUUCAUAAAGCCUAUGGACAGUUUGGCCAGUAUAAGCCCCAUUUCUAUUGUAUCAACUGUGAAACCUACAUUGGACCCAGUGAGACAGCACCACAAAACUGUUCUUCUUGUAAUACUGAAUUUGACAUUGAGAACAGCCUAAAACUUGGGUCGUACUUUCUUGUACUUAGCCUAUCAGCCCAAAUAGUGGACAUUUUGGAAAAACCUGAUAUACAUUUGAAUACAAAGGAAUCAACUCCUGGCAUUCUUUCUGAUAUUCAGUGUGGGGCAGAAUAUCAAAAAUUCAAGCAAACUGGACAAAUGGGGGAUGAUGACAUUUCAAUUUUGUGGAACUGUGAUGGAAUUCCAGUUUUCAAAAGUAAUAAUGUUCAGAUAUGGCCAAUCCAGUGUCAAAUUGUAGAACUGUCACCAAGAGUCCGGCAAGGUAAUAUAUGCAUUCCAUGCUUAUGGCUUGGUAACAGCAAGCCAAAUAUGGCUACAUUUUUAACUGCUUUUGUUGCACAGCUUAAAGAACUGGAACAGGUUGGUAUUAAAUGGAGGGACUCUGAAAACACAGAGCACACAAGCAAAAUUCAUUCGCUACUCUGCUCCUCAGAUUCAAUUGCCCGCCCCCUCCUGAGAAAUACGAAACAAUAUAAUGGAAAAUAUGGAUGUGACUUCUGCCUUCACUCUGGUGGUGGCCCAUAUGUAUGGGAAACACCAGAACCACCAUUAAGGACAGAGACUGACCAUUUCAGGCACGCAAUGCUGGCAACACCUGAGAGACCAAUAAUGGGUGUGAAAGGCCCAUCCCCUCUGAUGGAACUUGAGAGCUUUAAAAUGAUCACUGGAUUUGUUCCGGACUACCAGCACUGUGUUUGCCUUGGUGUAACGAAACAGUUAACAUCUCUGUGGUUGGAUAGUAAGCACCAUAAGGAAGAAUGGUACUUGGGCUCUAAGGUCAGUGACAUAGACCAGGGACUAAUGUUAAUUAGCCCACCUGUGGAGGUCACAAGGGCACCCAGAUCAGUUAAGGACCGAAAAUUCUGGAAGGCGUCUGAAUGGAGGUCAUUUUUGCUCUUUUAUGCUUUGACUGUUUUGAGUGGAAUUUUAAAAAAGAAGUACUGGAGUCAUCUUUUUUUGUUAGUUUUUGCAAUUCACACUCUUCUGCAGGAUGCAGUGAAAAUGACCCACGUGGAUAUGGCAGAGCAAGCUCUUCGAAAGUUCGUACAUAAUUUUGAGAAACUGUAUGGUGCUGGUAAUGUCUCUUUCAAUGUACAUUUGUUAAUGCACUUGGCAUCAAGCGUACGCAACUGGGGACCAUUGUGGGCAACAUCCACAUUUCCAUUUGAAUCAUUCAAUGGGACUUUGCUAAAAAUUUUUAAUGGAACAACACAUGUGUCUGCUCAAAUAGUGAAAAGAUUCCUUAGGUGGAGGGGUCUUUCAACAAAAGCAGAGACUAUAAUGGAAAAUGCAAAUGACAACAUAAAAAAAAAUAUUUGGCAAACUCCAGGGUAGGUCUGGCGUAACAAAAACAUCAAAAGAGUUUCCAGAUAAUGUCAGAGGUUUUGGCUGCCCAAAGAAAGGCAGCACAUCUGUGCUGCAGAGGAGGGCUAUUGAACAUUUCACAGGAGACACUGUUCAUUUAGGUUUAUUUUAUGACCGUUUCAUUUGCAACAGUGUUGUUUAUCAUUCAUAUAAUAACACAACUCUUAAAAAGAUAAAUAAUUCUGUUGUACAGUUAAAUGAUGGGACAUUCUGUGAGAUUUUGACCUUGGUGGCCUACACAUCUGAGGAUGGGGCCUCUUCUGUAUUUGAUACAAACAGUUUCUGUCUUUUAGUUAAAGCGCUAGCCAAGAGUGGAAGAAAGGUUUAUAGAGAUGCUCAGUUAAAUAUAUCCUGUACAUUUCUAACUGAAGUGUGUCACACCAAUAAUGUAUUUGCUGUACAUCCUCAGUCAUUAGAGCGCAAAUGUGUAAUGGUGAAGUCUAAGGACAAAAUGUAUGUUAGUCCACUUCCAAACAAUGUUGAAAGAGACUAAAACUGUUUCCUGCAAACAGAAAUGUUUGUAAUUGUACCAGUGAAAAACAUGCAACUGUUAAUGUUAAUCCCAUUUUUUUUUCCAUAAUUCACUGUGUAACUCAAUUACAUAACAGGUUUUUCUUAUAUUUCAUAUCAGUCCUGAAUAUUAUUGUGUUUAAUGUUAAAUAUUUGACAUAAAUAAUGUUACAUAGUGUGUUUAAUGUCAAAUUUUUUGUUAAUGUUUUUAGGAUUAUUAUGACCCUGUCAUUUAUGAUUGUAUCAUGAUACUUCUAAUAUUAGCUCAAUAAACAUAACUGCAUAUAAAAAAACUGUUAAAAGAACAGACAUUUGUGCAAUGCAUAUAUUGUAUUGAAAAUAUAUUUAUAACAGGCUUUCAAAAAUUUCAUCACUUUUGCCAAGUUACAA